CCCAGAGUGUGUAUCAAACGUUCCUGUCUCUGAAACUUUUAUGUAUGGUCACUUGUUUGUCGGCCUUAGUUCCACUGUUCUCCGCCAGGUUGUUGACUUCCGCUUUCGUUUCUAAUUCAGAUCUACUUUCUUUUUAGUAAUGAUUCAUUUGGUUUUACAGACUCGCUUUCGGGAAUCUCUAAAGGUGGGUUUUCCACAAAAGAAGAAUUUUCAAAUUUUGAUCUACGAAUUUACUGCAGACAGUAAAAAGUACCAGAGACGCUUAUUUAUAUAUCGUUGACAUUUGAGAUAUACAGUACUUCAUCUCACAGUUUGAUAGUACUACUGGAAGACAUGACGGAUAUCCCUGUAUCUUGUGAGGAUCUAGUGAAGCCGGAGUUAAAAUGGAAUAGAAGAUAUAAAUGUCCUUGGACAAAAUGGGAAUUCCCAAAUGGUAUUUAUUUUACUAUAAAGAAUACUCUACCAGAUGAAAGAUGGAGGGAUAGAAGUAACAUACCAGAUGCCAAGGACCUGGACAUUUCCCUCCCAGUCCAUGAUCCAGAUGUGGACCGGUUGAAGAAUCCACCCAAGUCGGGUGUCCAAGCCACAUGGAUCGGCCAUGCUAGUAUGUUGGUCCAGUUUGAUGGUAUCAAUGUAUUGACUGACCCAAUCUUCAGUGAUUCUACUGGUCCGCUUCUAGCUGGAUACAAGCGUUACCGUGGACCAGGUUGCUCAAUAGAGGAACUACCCGUCAUCGAUGCUGUGGUGAUCAGUCAUAAUCAUUAUGACCAUUUAGAUACUGACUCUGUGAGAAAGCUGAAUGAGAAAUUUGGGGACAAAAUAGUGUGGUAUGUUCCAAAGGGGAUAAAAUGGUGGAUGGAAUCAAUGUCGUGUAAAAAGGUUGUGGAGCUGACGUGGUGGGAGGAACAUGUACAUAACUUGGGGGUAACUUUUACACUGACGCCAGCUCAACACUGGAGUGGACGCUACCUGUUAGAUACUAAUAAAUCUCUGUGGGGAAGCUGGGUCAUCAGAGGUCCGCGCCAUAGGUUCUUCUUCGCGGGAGACACUGGGUACUGCAAUGUAUUCAAACAGAUUGGGAAUAAAUAUGGCCCCUUUGAUUUGUCUGCCAUACCUAUUGGUGCAUACUACCCAAGAUAUUUCAUGGAGCCUCAACAUAUAAAUCCAAAGGAAGCUGUUGACAUUCACAAAGAUAUCAAAUCAAAAAAAUCUGUAGGGAUCCACUGGGGAACUUUCAAACUCACAAAGGAGUUUUACCUGGAACCAAGAGUUCAACUAAAAGAAGAAGUAAAGAAAGCUGAGCUGCCUGACGAUUCAUUUGUUACUGUUCAACAUGGUGAAACAAGGAUGUUUGGAGGAAGUGAAUGUCAUUCAUAAUAACACAUGGUGAAACAAGGAUGUUUGGAGGAAGUGAAUGUCAUUCACCAUAACACGUGGUGAAACAAGGACGUUUGGAGGAAGUGAAUGUCAUUCACCAUAACACGUGGUGAAACAAGGACGUUUGGAGGAAGUGAAUAUCAUUGACAAUAACACAUGGUGAAACAAGGAUGUUUGGAGGAAGUGAAUAUCAUUGACAAUAACACAUGGUGAAACAAGGAUGUUUGGAGGAAGUGAAUGUCAUUCACCAUAACACAUGGUGAAACAAGGAUGUUUGGAGGAAGUGAAUGUCAUUGAUAAUAACAUAUGGUGAAACAAGGAUGUUUGGAGGAAGUGAAUGUCAUUGACAAUAACACAUGGUGAAACAAGGACGUUUGGAGGAAGUGAAUAUCAUUGACAAUAACACAUGGUGAAACAAGGAUGUUUGGAGGAAGUGAAUAUCAUUGACAAUAACACAUGGUGAAACAAGGAUGUUUGGAGGAAGUGAAUGUCAUUGACUGUAACACGUGGUGAAACAAGGAUGUUUAGAGGAAGUGAAUUUCAUUGAUAAUAACACGUGGUGAAACAAGGAAGUUUGGAGGAAGUGAAUUUCAUUGACUGUAACACGUGGUGAAACAAGGAUGUUUAGAGGAAGUGAAUUUCAUUGAUAAUAACACGUGGUGAAACAAGGAAGUUUGGAGGAAGUGAAUUUCAUUGAUAAUAUCACGUGGUGAAACAUUUAGCUGUUCAUGGUUUUACUUCACAUUUAGCCGUUCAUGGAUUUACUUCACAUUCAGCCAUUCAUGGUUUUAUGUCAUGUUCAGCUGUUCAUAGUUUCCAGCAUGAUUUAUUACUCUCAACUAGCUUGUUACAAACACAGCCAUUAUUUACCCAUUGUUGCCAAGUUAAUGUAUCACAACAAAGAAGAUCAUACCCAGGUCCAAGGUCCUUAAUGGAGUUAACUCCCUUACUCUGGUCAUUUCCAUACAGACCAUACACAGGUCCAAGGUCCUUAAUGGAGUUAACUCCCUUGCUCUAGUCACUUCCAUACAGACCAUACACAGGUCCUUAAUGGAGUUAACUCCCUUGCUCUAGUCACCUACAUACAGACCAUACACAGGUCCAAGGUCCUUAAUGGAGUUAACUCCCUUGCUCUAGUCACCUACAUACAGACCAUACACAGGUCCAAGGUCCUUAAUGGAGUUAACUCCCUUGCUCUAGUCACUUCCAUACAGACCAUACACAGGUCCAAGGUCCUUAAUGGAGUUAACUCCCUUGCUCUAGUCACUUCCAUACAGACCAUACACAGGUCCUUAAUGGAGUUAACUCCCUUGCUCUAGUCACCUACAUACAGACCAUACACAGGUCCAAGGUCCUUAAUGGAGUUAACUCCCUUGCUCUAGUCACCUACAUACAGACCAUACCCAGGUCCUUAAUGGAGUUAACUCCCUUGCUCUAGUCACCUACAUACAGACCAUACCCAGGUCCAUGGUCCUUAAUGGAGUUAACUCCCUUGGUCUGACCACCUACAUACAGACCAUACACAGGUCCAUGGUCCUUAAUGGAGUUAACUCCCUUGGUCUGACCACUUACAUACAGACCAUACCCAGGUCCAUGGUCCUUAAUGGAGUUAACUCCCUUGGUCUGACCACUUACAUACAGACCAUACCCAGGUCCAUGGUCCUUAAUGGAGUUAACUCCCUUGGUCUGACCACUUACAUACAGACCAUACACAGGUCCAAGGUCCUUAAUGGAGUUAACUCCCUUGCUCUAGUCACUUCCAUACAGACCAUACACAGGUCCAAGGUCUUUGAUGGAGUUAACUCCCUUACUCUGGUCACUUCCAUAAAGAUUAUGCACAGGUCCAAGGCCCAAUGUAUUAUAACUUAUACAUUGCUUUUGUGUUAUGAAAUUGUGUGUAUGUAUGUAAUCCUGUUUUAUUUGAAAACCAAAUAAUUUUCAUAUAUUAACUUCAAUUAGUCACUUGAGGUGUUUAAUAAAACAAUCUACCUGUAA